AUGUCGAGGAUCGGCAGGUGCGAGUGGGCGCGACUGCCUUCACAAAACGCACAAACAUUUUCGCAUCGCUUCUCGGCCUUUCCAUCAUUGAUAUCUCAACCACCGCCAGCACCAACACCAUCAAGACACAUUCGCAACGCAGUUACACCACCACUCAUCCGACCUCAGCGUGCCCCGAGCAUCGUCAACAUGUCAGUGUUAUCCGCCAUUUUCAAGCGCGCGGCAAUCGCUGUCGCCGGAAUCGCCAUCGUGCGUACCUACUUGAGCCACAGCGCCGGCUACAUCGCAAACGAGGCGCCCGUGCCCACCGCUGUCCCUCGCCCCACCGCUCCCGUCACCGAGCCGACGCUGCCCAUCGCCCUUUUGCUCGUCUCCUUCUGCGUCGGCGCUUUCCUUGGUAGCAUCAUCAUGUUCGCCUACAGUGUCAGCGCCAUGUACCUGAUGCUUUUGUGCGAGAAUCCGACCAUCUCGAACGCCCACUUCCUGGCCUUCAUGGACGUCGUGUACGCCGGUCCAGCCACUGCUUUGCGCGUCUACAUGAAUGGCCUGUUCGUGCGGCCAAUCAAGGCGUGCGCUGUCCGCAAUGCUACGGCCUUUGUCCGGGUCUGUCGCAACUUCUCGGCCCAUCUGCGGUCCUUGUGGCCUGCAAAAGGCAGAUUCGCGCCGCCUAUCAAAGCGUGCAAGGUCCGAGAUGUCUCAACCUUCGUCAACGCCUGCCGCAUCCUCUGGAUCAAUCUCCCGUCCUUGUGGGCCGAGGCUUGCGAGCUAGCCAACCGACCAGGGCUGAAGACGGAGCAGCAAUCCGCGACGAAGUCCGAGAAGAAGUCCGAGCUGGGAGACGGUUUGCAAGCCUUGCCAAACACACUAUUGGCGCCUGAUAAGAAACUCUCGGAGAGCUUUAUUGUAGUGGGACAGCAUGCAGAGGGAGACUUGUCUUUGCAGAAGAGCGGUAAGGGUCUGGGCGGAAAGGAGUCGGAGAACUAA